AUGCCUCAUGCUCACCACGCCGGCAUGGUGAUGCGAAACCACUUUCGUCGGGAUGUCAUCCCCCCGAAUCGGUUGCCAUUUUUGGUCCCUACUACCUCCUCUAUAGCUACCAAGCUUCCAUCCCUCGUGGCAAGAUCUGAAGCAUCUACGACAAUUACGGGAGAAAAGCCCACUAGCAAUCUGACAACGACGGUUUUGCCCGUUGUGCUCGGUGCAGGUGUUCCUAUUUUGUGUGCUAUUAUCCUCCUCAUUGUGCUUCACCGAAGACAUGUCAAGAAACUUAUGCGGGAAGAUGCGAUGGAUAAACAUAAAUCUCUCGAUUUUGGAAUGGAUACAGUGGGGCCUGCGACCAAGAGAAAAGGCCCCCAUGGAAUGCCCCCGAUGUCCGAACCCAACCAUACUAAGGGAUUGUCUCUUGACGUCGGUCCAUAUCUGUUGCCUCCGGGUCUGAAAGGUUCCCCGGAGUCUAUUCGCUCCAUGUCGAUAGAUGAUGACAAGUACCGUCCGGCCACUGCAUCCAUUCGGUCGUACCCUAGGGGACAACGGGAUGAUGCGAGUUUCGUGGGUUCCCGAUUCGGAGAUGACGGCAGCUCGGGUCUUCUCCAGAAUGCACAGAGGAUGUCUCGUUCAUCCCCGCCGUUAUACUCCUCCCCUACCGAAUCUCAUGGACGCACCCCUCUGAACCAGCACAAUGACUACCUUGGGCAAGUUCCCGGAGUGACACCUCCACCUGCUGCACAACAGCCCGGCAUGGCUAUUGGAAGUCCCAAUGGCAACAGGGUUCUAUCGCCUGAGCCAUUGCCACAUCUGGAUUCCUCUUCGGGCUUAAACUUCGGAUUGGAUGAUACAUACGGCAACACACAUAGCAACCAGCAUGAAGAGCGCCUCAACUUCCCGUUACCCGAACCUUCGCAAUCACGAGACUUGAACCAUGGCCAGGCUCCUGCAUCACACCUUCCUCGUAUUUCCCUGCCGGCUAGCGAUGUUACCAGUAGUGACUAUGGGGAUGACCGCAAGUCACAAUCUACUCUCCCCGUGGUCAACGUCCAUGGCGCAGAAAACGUACAACAACAUAAUGCCCCAAGCCACGAUAACAAGCAUCCAGAACUCCCAGAGGAACCUCACAAUUUGGAUGCGGCAUAUGAUAACCGCCGCGAUACCCGCCGGAUGACUCUCGGAUUGCGCCCGUUGCCCCCAGAGGACCCGGCUGACAACCCCGAACAGCGUGCUAAUCGGAUUCGCUCCUUUUACAAGGAGUACUUCGAUGAGAGCAAGGGCGGCCAGGAGCCCACAUACUACGAGGACUUCGGGCCCGAGUUCUAUGAGAAUGGUGGUAAUUCUGCUGGUUUCAUCUAUGACCCAACUACCGGCGAGUAUUAUGAUGCCACUCCUGGUGCUGCUCCAUUCGCCGAGCCGGUCACCCGUCGUGCGAUGACGCCGCCACCUCGAGCACCUCCACGCUUCCAGGGAGCCGCUCGCCAUAUGGCCACUAACUCUGCUGGUGGCAUGCCUGGGCCACGCGCCUUCUCCUCUGCCUCCGGCCGCAUGCCCGGGCCACGCGGUCCUAAGAAACCAAUCCCACUCCCAUCACCGCUACAAGUCCUCCCUACUCCUCAUAUGUUGACGGACGAAUCCCUCAUGAGCGCCAUGGACUUUGCCCCGGCCAAUGGAUUCAAGGACCGUCGUGCGGGUCGCCCUGAGACACCCACCGGCGGCGUACGUCCCUACAUGCCUGGUGUGCGCGCUCACACGCCACUGGCCUCUGCCUUUGACGAGCUCUCCGUGAUGCCUAGCCCCCACGCUCUGCGCAAAUCUGGCACAUUCACCAACCUGGACUUUGUCCCUCCGCCCCGGUUCAGGAACGAGGGUGGUGCUGGCAGCGAUGCGGGUAGUAUCCGCAGUGCUCGAACGGUCGUCUCCGCUAAUCACCAGAAUAAUAUCCGCAUGGGCAACUACCGUGUCAGUCGUCUGCCGGCCGACGCGGUCGGUACUAAAGACGACAUGAUGGCCAGUCUGCGCCCGAAGUGGGAUAUGAACAACGCAUAA